AGAAAAAAAAUUUAAGCUUAGAAUCUGUCAAGCAGAAAUUUCGAUAAUAACUUCAAUACGGCAGUUGAGACGUGGGGCACAUAACAUUAAUAACGGGGGAGUCUAUAAAGAUAAACUUGAUCGGAUUUGUAAAUACACAUUACAAAAUUUCAAAUCUGCUGUCAACGCUGGAAUGAUCGUACACGAUUGUGACCUACGACGAUGGGUAUUACAUGCCCAAUAAGAAACAAGUAGUGAGGAUUUUUGCUUUAAAGCAUCCGACAAGUGGAUACGAGCAUUUAAAAAAGCACAUCGUAUUGUCUCGAGGAAAAUCAAUAAAUUUGUUACAUCGAAAGCAAUCGAAGACCGUCAAGUUCUAGAGGAAAACUCGGAACACUUUGUUCAGGAUGAGAAACAACGGAUUGCAAUGUACGGUUUAUCAAAUAUAUAUAAUUCUGAUCAAAGCGGAUUUCAGUUUGAAAUGCAUUCAGGCAGAACUUUGGCUGAAGAAGUUUUAAAAGCACCAAGCGGUCAUUUCGCUCCCAGAGUAGAGGAAAAACUGCUUCGUCCGGAUAAUGUAUACGCAGAUGUAUCCAAAUCUGGCAAACUGACUUCAGAACAUUUCAAAACUUGGUUGCAAUAUGUUUUUGUCCCUAAUGUUGGUGCGAAAAGUCUAUUAUUGGUGGAUUCGUGGACCGGACACUGUUCUCCAAUCGUGGAAGCUACCAAAAUACGCAAUAAGGAUGUGGAGGUAAUGACUAUACCUAAAGGGACAACUGGAAAACUCCAACCACUCGAGGUUUUUGGAUUUAGAGUUUGGAAAAACUUCAUAAAAGAUUUCUCUGAUAGUGUUAUAUUAAUGGAUUAUGAUUUGAAUUUACAUUUAACGAAUGAUGUCAUCAAGUUGCAAUCUCCAACUCAUAAUCAAUUGUCGUCACCACGAUAUGUCAAUCUCUUCAAAUAUGCUUGGUACAGAAGCAGUUACGUAGAAACCAAACCAGAUCAAUUUGAAAAUCCCGUCCAUUUCGCAUUCGGUGAAUCUUGCAAAUCGCAUUGCGAAAUACCGGGAUGUACGAAUAUUGCUAUUAUUCGUUGCUCUUGGUGCAAGAAGUCAUUAUGUUUCAAACACUUCUUCGACGACUAUCAUUAUUGCAAAAAAUAGAAUGAAUAAAUAAAUGAGGAAAAUUAUAAGAAGACCUCAAAAUAUUAUUUUCUUAGCGCCUUAUGAUAGGAAAAAUAAGAAAACGUAUGAAUAGUGAUGACGUAGUAGGGGUGGAGUGAAGGAAGAAUAGAAAAAAAGAAAUGAUGAUGUAAUUCUCAGAUCAUUAUAUUCUUAGGUAUGUAA